AUGCGUCUCUUGAACACAAGAACAUUCAUACUAGAGACUUUCCACGACUCUACCAUUAUUCCUCGAUAUGCCAUCUUGUCGCACACGUGGGAGGAGGAGGAGGUCUUGUUUGAGGAUGUGACUAACCAGCCACAUUCGGUGUGGAUGCAGAAGAAAGGCGCGUCAAAGGUCAUAGCAAGUUGCCGCCAGGCUUUGAGAGACGAUUCUGCCUACAUUUGGAUAGAUACUUGCUGCAUUGAGAAGAGUAGCAGUGCAGAGUUGUCUGAGGCCAUUAAUUCCAUGUUCCGAUGGUAUCAAGAAGCUGCUAUUUGUUACGCCUAUCUGAGUGAUGCCACCGAUAACCAUGGGAAAUGCAGGUGGUAUUCACGGGGCUGGACACUCCAGGAGCUCAUUGCUCCUCCGAUACUAAACUUCUACAACAAGGACUGGAAGUUGGUUGGAACGCGACACAGCGACGCGCUGCUCAUCUCGAAGAUUACUGGAAUUGACACCAGGCUUUUGUGUCGAACAACGAAUAUUCGGGAUGCUCUGAGCUCUUUUAGCAUUGCGACGAAGAUGUAUUGGGCAUCCAGAAGGUCGACCACGAAAGAAGAGGACAGAGCAUACUGCUUGAUGGGCUUGUUUGACGUGCACAUGCCGUUGCUUUAUGGAGAAGGCCACAAGGCAUUUCAGAGACUCCAGGAAGAGGUCUUGAGAAACACCAAAGAUAACUCAAUUCUUGCUUUCCAUUCAACCGCUCGAGAUAAUUCUUCGGGAUGGGGCAUCCUUGCAUCAGGGGCAGAGUCAUUCCAUUGGGAUCUUCCACUCACUCAAUCGUCAAUUUCCCAGUCCCGGAUUCGUAUCGACGGCGAUGAAUUGCACCUGGAGGGUGUCAUAUGCCCCUUGAGACUCAAGGAUUCAAAUCGCACCGACCUCUAUAUGCUCAGACUGGACUGCCGCUUUGCGGACGCUCUCAGUAUGCCGGCACUCAUCCUCGAAAGGAUUCCAGGGUCAUCGAGAUUUCGAAGGCGGUCUUCUGGGUUGACUAGACUGGUUCCACAUGAACCAUUCCUCAGGCUAGGUGAUAACAGCAGACCGACACAUUAUAUGCCCCAUUUGGAGUUGGCCAAAAGACAAGAAGUGGUGAUAGCGCAGCCGCAAACGCAUCUUGAAGUGCCGUUUUCGAGGAAUUUGAACUUAAGGACAUUGACCCAAGACGAGGGCUUGGACUUCUGUUUAAGCCACUCUGUCGACUCACAGAGCGACACCCACCUAUUGCAUCUCGAGCGCGAUACACCAUUCAGUGGCACCUUUGGUGGUUUGGCUGCGUUUGUUGGGGGUUCAGGAGUCUGCUUCUUUCUCGAUUGGGCAUCCACCAAGAUAUUCGACUCAAGUACAGGCCAGCCAGUGCGCAAACAUUGGUGCUUUAUCCGUUCUCUGAGAGAACAGAGAAUACUUUCAAUGUUGCAAAGUCCAGAGCAUGGCUUACCACCCCUAUCAGAGUACCUGAAGCAGGUCUUUGGCGGGAGAAACCCUCUCUACAAAAGGAUCCUGGACCUAGAUGCGCCAGAUCAGCAUGAUAUUUCGGGCACCGUCGUGGAUGGUGCAUAUCUGGUCAAUGCAGAGGUCACGUCAGACGAGUUACUGAGCGAUAUAGUCUUCCAUUUGGAUGUUGUGAUUCAGCGCACCCGCAGUUCGUCCUAG